ACAACGGAGCGAAAGCAUGAAUGCUUUCUUCGACGGAUAUGUUCAUGCGAAGACAAACUUGAAGGAAUUUGUCGACCAGUUUGACAAUGCAGUGAAAAAGAAAAUCGAGAAUGAAAUCAGUUUGGACUUCCACUCAUUUAGCGUUACAAUUCCAUGCAUAUCUAGAUCACCAAUCGAGAAGAGAUUCCAAGAGUUGUACACAAAUGCAAAAUUCAGGGAAGUUCAGCAGCAAGUUAUGGGUGUGCUCGAUAUGGAUCCAUCUCUACUUAGAAGGGAUGGAUCCAAGAAGACCUACCUGGUAGAAGAUGAAAUUUCUGUUGAGGAGUUCACGAAACAUGUUACAUAUUAUGUGGACUUUAAUGAGGAAGAUUGCGACGUUAAGUGUUCAUGUGGGUUAUUUCAAAUGAAGGGGAUACUAUGUAGGCAUGUCUUGGCCAUAUUGAAAUGUAACGGGAUAAAGUACUUGCCAGAUAGGUACAUUUUAGAUCGAUGGAGGAAAGAUAUCAAACGGAGAUACACGUUAAUCCAGAGUACCUAUGACACAGGAAAUCAACGGGAAGAUACUAACAGAUAUUCAAGUCUGUUGAAUAUUUGUUAUCGGAUGAUUACUCAUGCAGCGACUUCAAAAGAGUAUACUGAAGACGCAAGUAAGAAGUUAUAUGCAAUGAUUGAUUUAUAUCAUGGCAAGCAAGAACCCCCUUCAAUGACCAAAACGGAUUCCAAUGUUGGUUUAAUGACAAAGGACACAACUACAGUUGGUAGUUCGCAGAAAGUACUCAGUCCACGAGUUGUGCGCGGAAAAGGCAGACCCCCAUCUCUGAGGAGAGCAUCCAGAAUGGAGCAAGAAAUACGAAAGGUUAAAGCGAGGACGAAGAAAGCAAAUGUGAAGGGAUCCAAACGUAAAGAGCGAGAUGGUGAAGAUACGCCAUCUCAUAACACGAGUCGGAAUUUAUUUGGCCCAUCUGAGAUAGUUGAUGCUGAAGGAAACGUGCAGACUAUUCCAGUCAGCUCAGCUUUUGACAUUAGUGGAUUCCAAAAUAUGGUUGGGAGUCAAGAAAGUAUGCAACUUGGAGUGGAUGGAUCACAACCUUUGCCGAAAUGAUUUGAGUAGAGUGAGUUUUAAUUCCUGCUAAAGGUAUCGCAUUUCUUUAUAUUCUCAAUGGAGGCAGAGAGGGAUGUAUGCAGCAGGAUUGUCCAAUUGCUCCUGGUUCUUAGCAAAGGAUUGAGACAUACCAUAUAUAGCCUGUAGUAUUUGAUAUAUAAUCAGCCGUCUAAGUUUUCACUCUGGCGCUGUACUUGUCUAAUGCUGAUGGCAUUUUGUUUCCAUUAACCUUAUUAUUGAUUUCUAUACCAUUUGCUGUCACAGAAAGACUGCUUUCAUGUGUUGCGUAGGAGUGAUCCUCCAUUCGUUCCACCUGCGGUCUUUGUCAUGCAGGGACUUGCUUCAUUUGUAUAAGCCAUCUGUUAA